AUAAUUUCCUACCCACAACACUUUUUUCCUUACUCUCGAUUCUUACCAAAAAUACAUUUUUUUUACGAAAAUAUUUAUUAGAUUGUCAAAAAAUACAAAAAAAGUUAAAUGGAGCAUGUUAAUGGAAAUGGCAAAAAUGAGAGUCUAUGCAUGAAAGAUCCAUUGAAUUGGGGUUUGGCCGCGGCGGCAUUAAGUGGGAGCCACCUUGAUGAGGUGAAGAAAAUGGUGGAGGAGUAUAGGAAUCCUGUGGUUAAACUUGGUGGCGAAACGCUGACUAUUGCUCAGGUAGCAGCGAUCGCCACCAAGAAUGCGGCUGAUGUCAAGGUGGAGUUAUCCGAAUCAGCUCGUGCUGGAGUUAAGGCUAGUAGUGAUUGGGUGAUGGAUAGCAUGAUGAAAGGUGGAGAUACAUAUGGUGUCACUACCGGUUUUGGUGCCACGUCUCACCGGAGAACCAAGAAUGGUGGUGCUCUUCAACAAGAGCUCAUUAGGUUCUUAAACGCCGGAAUCUUUGGUAAUGGAACGGAAUCCGACCACACACUGCCGCAAUCUGCCACAAGAGCAUCCAUGUUGGUCAGAAUCAACACUCUUCUUCAAGGCUACUCCGGCAUUCGGUUCGAAAUCUUGGAAGCCAUCACAAGUUUUCUCAACCAUAACAUCACCCCAUGCUUACCUCUCCGUGGCACAAUCACUGCCUCCGGUGACCUAGUGCCAUUAUCAUACAUUGCCGGAAUCUUGACCGGUCGUCCUAACUCUAAAGCCGUUGGACCCACCGGAGAAUUGCUAGAUGCUGCCACCGCAUUUCACAAAGCAGAGAUUGAUACCGGGUUUUUUGAGCUACAACCUAAAGAAGGACUUGCAUUGGUUAAUGGGACCGCCGUGGGGUCGGGCAUGGCUUCGGUGGUUCUUUUUGAAGCUAAUAUACUUGCGGUUUUAGCUGAGGUGUUGUCAGCUAUAUUUGCGGAAGUUAUGCAAGGAAAACCUGAGUUUACGGAUCAUCUGACCCAUAAACUCAAGCAUCACCCCGGCCAGAUUGAGGCCGCGGCAAUAAUGGAGCAUAUAUUGGAUGGUAGCUCUUAUGUAAAAGAAGCUAAAAAGGUUCAUGAAAUGGAUCCACUUCAAAAGCCCAAACAAGAUCGUUAUGCUCUUCGCACAUCACCACAAUGGCUUGGCCCGCUUAUUGAGGUGAUUCGUACGUCUACAAAGUCGAUUGAAAGAGAGAUCAAUUCGGUGAAUGAUAACCCAUUGAUUGAUGUUUCAAGAAAUAUGGCACUUCAUGGAGGAAAUUUUCAAGGUACCCCAAUAGGUGUAUCAAUGGAUAACACUCGUUUAGCCAUUGGAUCAAUUGGAAAGCUCAUGUUUGCACAAUUCUCCGAGCUUGUAAAUGAUUUUUACAAUAAUGGGCUGCCAUCAAAUCUCUCUGGAGGCCGUAAUCCAAGUCUGGAUUACGGCUUCAAAGGGGCUGAGAUUGCUAUGGCAGCCUAUUGCUCGGAACUUCAGUUCCUGUCUAACCCUGUAACCAAUCAUGUGCAAAGUGCGGAGCAACAUAACCAAGAUGUUAACUCAUUGGGGUUGAUUUCAUCACGAAAAACAGCUGAAUCUGUUGAGAUUCUAAAGCUCAUGUCAUCGACUUACUUGGUGGCACUAUGCCAAGCAGUCGACUUGAGGCACUUGGAAGAGAACCUCAAGUCGACCGUCAAGAAUGUAGUUAGCCAAGUGGCUAAGAAAGCCUUGACCAUGGGUCCUAACAAUGAGCUUCACCCGUCUCGGUUUUGUGAAAAAGACUUACUCAAAGUCGUAGACCGUGAGCAUGUAUUUUCAUACAUUGACGACCCAUGUAGUGCUACUUACCCUCUUAUGCAAAAGCUAAGGCAAGUCAUAGUUGAUCAUGCACUUGCAAACAAUGAAGCUGAAAUGGACUCCAACACAUCAAUAUUCCAUAAAAUCGGGGCUUUUGAGGAAGAACUCAAAGCCCUUUUGCCAAAAGAAGUCGAAAACACCAGAGUUGAUCACGAAAGCGGAAAGCUAGCCAUAUUCAACAGGAUUGAGGAAUGUAGGUCAUAUCCAUUGUAUAAGUUCGUGAGGUCGGAGCUUGAAACGGGCUACUUGACAGGGGAGAAGACGGUGUCGCCUGGGGAGGAGUUUGAUAAAGUAUUCUCAGCGAUUUGUGCUGGGAAAUUGAUCGAUCCAUUGCUCGAUUGCCUCAAGAUGUGGGAUGGAACCCCGCUUCCCAUUUCAUAAGUGAAGGUGAAUUCAUGUGGAUUAAUUAUGUGCGUUUGUAUACAUGAAAUGACAAAUUUUAUAUUUAAAGUUAAUUUGAUAGAUACAUUGUGGAUUUUGUAACUUUUAAAUCUGUUGUAUCCUCAAAUUGUUAUAUAAAGUUUUCUGUUAUUGUUAUUGAA